UGGCUCGAUCCCAGGACGCUGGGAUCAUGACCCGAGUCGAAGGCAGACACCUAACUGGCUGAGACACCCAGAUGUCCCUGUUUUUUGUUCUAAUUCAGCUCCUUGGUUGUACUAGCCCCAUUCCAAGUUCUCAGGUGCCACCUGUUGCCGGGAGCUGCCAUGACCAUGCCAGGCACACACAGGACAUUUCCAUCAGCACGGCAUGUUCUCCAGACAGCACUUACCUAAAGUGGUGCUGAAACUUGAUAAUAUAAAUCACCUGGUAAUGUAACAGCCCUGUCGUUCAGUGACUCCGUCACAGUCUUUCUCUAGGAAUCAUAGCACUGACAUGAGAGAAACACCCGUUUCUUCUGUGCCCGGACAUAACAAAUGUUUAUUCUUUUUGUAUAUUUCUAGUUAUUUCUGAGUCUUGUUGUAGGGCUGUAACUUCUCCUACUGAGGAUUAUUAUGUGUGUUUCUGUUGUGUUGUACUUGGUCCCGCACGUUCCCGUUUUACACGUAUGUACCGUUCUGUCCUGAGGCGUCAGAGGUAGACUCACUCCCUAGUCGCUGGGAAUUAGGGUCAUCUUCUUUCACCAUUAGUGCCUUUGUGUACCUAGUUUUACAAGAGUGUUACUUUCAUGAGGUGCACUAGUGGGAUUACUGAGAUAAAUUAUGUGUUCAGUUUUCUGGCUUUUGCUGCAUUUUGGCAGAUUUAAGUCUUUUUUGAAGGGAGGAAAGAACUUGGCUUACUGGAGAGACUAGGUGGGAUGUGUCAGCUAUGGGAAAUGAGCUGUGCAGCACACUCGGGAGAAAAAGAAGGUAUUUAAAAACUUUAUUGGAACAGAUUCUUAGGGUGCUGAAAAUUUUCAUUUUCAUCAGUGAUAGGAGUUCAGAGUGGGGAAUAAGUGUCUGAAGUAUUUUUUUCCUAGAUGAGGCCGAUGACGAUGACGAUCCAGAAUAUAACUUCCUGGAAGACCUUGAUGAACCCGACACAGAGGAUUUCCGCACUGACCGGGCCGUGAGGAUCACCAAGAAGGAGGUGAAUGAGCUGAUGGAGGAACUGUUUGAAACUUUCCAAGACGAGAUGGGACUCUCCAACGUGGAAGAUGAUGGCCCAGAGGAGGAGGAUCGCGUGGCUGAGCCCCGGCCUAGCUUCAACACCCCUCAAGCCCUGCGGUUUGAGGAACCACUGGCCAACUUGCUGAAUGAGCAGCACCGCACAGUGAAGGAGCAGCUUGAGCACCUAAAGAUGAAGAAAUCCUCAGGCAGACAGCAGCAGGAGGUGGAGAGGGUGAAGCCCCAGACCGAGAAGGUUCCUCAGACGCUCACUCUAGACCCAGCACAGAGGAGCCGCCUCCAGCAGCAGAUGCAGCAGCAUGUUCAGCUCUUGACGCAAAUUCACCUUCUCGCCUCCUCCAACCCCAACCUCAAUUCGGAGGCCAGUACCACCAGGAUAUUUCUUAAAGAGCUGGGCACCUUCGCUCAGAGCUCUGUUGCGCUCCACCAGUCCAUUCCCGGCUUUCAGACCUUGUUCCAGCCCUGCAACCUGCUGGGGGCAAUGCAGCUCGUUGAAGACUUCAACACGCACGUCAGCAUCGACUGGAGUCCUCGCAAAACUGUCAAGAAGACUGCGGACGAAUUUCCCUGUUUGCCAAAACAAGUGGCUUGGAUCCUGGCCACAAGCAAGGUUUUCAUGUACCCGGAGCUACUUCCAGUGUGUUCUCUGAAGGCGAAGAACCCCCAGGAUAAGAUUUUCUUCACCAAGGCCGAGGACAAUUUGUUGGCUUUAGGGCUAAAGCACUUUGAAGGGACCAAGUUUCCUAAGCUGCUGAUCAGCAAGUACCUCCUCACCUGCAAGACCGCCCACCAACUGACAGUGAGGAUCAAGAAUCUCAACAUGAACAGAGCGCCUGAUAACAUCAUCAAAUUUUAUAAGAAGACCAAACAGUUGCCCGUCUUGGUGAAAUGCUGUGAAGAGAUCCAGCCCCAUCAGUGGAAGCCACCUGUCGAGAGGGAAGAGCACCGGCUUCCAUUCUGGUUAAAGGCCAGUCUGCCUUCCAUCCAGGAGGAACUGUGGCGUAUAGCGGACGGUGCCAGAGGGGUAGGAAGUGUGACUGGACCUGCUGAGGGCAGUUCAGAGCCAGGCCUGGGAAAAGGCAGCUCGGAAUUGGGGAGUGAAACUCUGUACCCACUGCUGUUGCCCAAGGGUGUAGUCCUGAAACUGAAGCCAGUGGCCAACUGUUUUUCCAGGAAGGCCUGGAGACAGAAGCGGCCAUCAGUCCUGAAGCCCCUGCUAAUCAGACCGAGCCCCUCUCUCCAGCCCAGCUCCACCUCUGGGAAAACACCAGCUAGGUCAACUCUGUCCGAAGCCCCUCCGAGCAAAAUGGUGGUCCGGAUUCCUCACGUGAUCCAGCCAGCCACUGUCGUACAGACGGUGCCCGGUGUCCCUCCACUGGGGGUCACGGCGGGGGAGAGUGUGGAGUCUCCGGCAGCGCUGCCUCCCACGCCCCCUGAGGCCAGGACCAGCUUCCCUCUGCCUGAGCCCCAGACCCUGCUCUCCUCUGCCCCUGUGCCCAAGGUAAUGCUGCCCUCACUUGCCCCUUCUAAGUUUCGAAAGCCGUGUGCAAAGCCAAGAGCCUCCAAGAGAAAGGGGGCCAAGGCCUCUCUGUGUCUGGAGCCAGCCUCCCUCCUCCACCCGGUCCCGGUUAUCUUCACCGUGCCCGCCACCACGGUGAAGGUCGUCAGCCUUGGCAGUGGCUGCAACGUGAUCCAGCCCGUCAACGCAGCCGUGGCCCAGACUCCUCAGACCAUCCCCAUCACCACCCUCUUGGUUAACCCCACUUCCUUCCCCUGCCCAUUGAACCAGCCCCUCGUGGCCUCCUCUCUCCCACCCCUGAUUGUUUCCAGCAACUCUGUGAGUCUUCCUGUUCCCUCCACCCCUGAAGAUAAGGCCCAAGUGAAUGUGGACGUUGGUUGUCCUUUGGUUGAAGGGAAAAAUGCCUUUCAAGGCCUAGAACCCAAAUUAGAACCCCAGGAACUAUCUCCUCUCUGUGCUCCUGUCUUCCCCAAAGAGGAGCACAGCCCAGGGCCCCCAGCAGCAGAUCAUGUGUGCCAGGAAGAGCAGCCAGAGCACAGUGCCUGUGGCUGGACUCUGGUGAAGGCCGAGGAUGGGAGGCAGGCUCUGGAGCCACUGCCUCCAGGGGACUUGCAGGAAAUGGUCAAGAUGGAACCUCAGGACCCCGGGGAGGAUGACUCCAGUGGGUCCCCAGGGCAGGACACCUGUGAGGACAGCAGAGAGGAACGUUCUGUGGGAUUGGAUGCUGGCUUCCCAGGUGAGGAGCCGAGUGGUCCUAGUGAGCUCAGGAGACAGCCAGCCUUCCAGCAGGAGGACGACAGAAGUGAGCCAGCUAGAACCUCGUCAGCUUCUCGGGAACCUCGGGAUGAGGGAGACUCCGGAGAUGUGAGCAGAGGAUCUCCCAAGAUGGCUUCUUCCUGCGCCGACCCUGAAGUGCGCAGCAGCCCCCCAGGCAAGUCUGAGGACCUGGCGAGCGCCGUCGGCCAGGCGCUGGGGACCCCAGCUGGGCCGGAAGCUGGGGGCGAGAAGGACGGGCCAGAGGAGGAGGAAGAGGAGGACUUUGACGACCUGACCCAAGAUGAGGAGGAUGAGAUGUCCUCAGCCUCUGAGGAGUCUGUGCUCUCGGUCCCAGAGCUCCAGGAAACAAUGGAGAAACUGACCUGGCUGGCCUCUGAGAGGCGUGCGGGCCAGGAGGGCGAGUCCGAGGAGGAGAACUCCCAGGAAGAGAACUCUGAGCCUGAAGAAGAGGAGGAAGAAGAGGCAGAAGGAAUGGAGAGCCUGCAGAAGGAGGACGAAAUGACAGACGAAGCUACUGGAGACCCUGCUGAGAAGCCGCCGGCCACCUCCGCGUCGCCCAGGACUGCUCCGGAAGCGGAGGCUGGCAGCGCCCCGCCGGGAGAGAGUGGCCGAGCUGCUGGGAAGGGCCGGGGCAGUCAGCGAGCUCGCAGCAAGCGGGGAAGCCGGGCCCGGGCCAGCAAGGACAUGUCCAAGCUGCUGCUGCUGUAUGACGAGGACAUUCUCGAGCGGGACCCCCUCAGGGAGCAGAAGGAUUUGGCCUUUGCUCAGGCUUACCUGACCAGGGUACGAGAGGCGCUGCAGCACAUCCCUGGCAAGUAUGAGGACUUCCUGCAGGUCAUCUAUGAGUUCGAGUCCAGCACUCAGAGGCAGACAGCUGUGGAUCUCUACAGAAGCCUGCAGGUUCUGCUCCAGGACUGGCCUCAGCUGCUGAAGGAUUUCGCUGCCUUUCUGCUGCCCGAGCAGGCUCUGGCCUGCGGAUUAUUUGAGGAACAGCAGGCGUUUGAGAAGAGCCGCAAGUUUCUUCGGCAGCUGGAGAUUUGCUUUGCAGAGAACCCCUCGCACCACCAGAAGAUCAUCAAGGUCCUCCAGAGCUGUGCGGACUGCCUGCCCCAGGAGAUCACGGAGCUCAAGACGCAGAUGUGGCAGCUUCUGAAGGGCCAUGACCACCUGCAGGACGAGUUCUCAGUCUUCUUUGAUCACCUGCGCCCAGCAGCCAGCCGGAUGGGGGACUUUGAAGAGAUCAACUGGACCGAGGAGAAGGAGUACGAGUUUGACGGCUUUGAAGAAGUGGCACUGCCCGAUGUGGAGGAGGAAGAGGAGCCUCCCAAGAUACCCACGGCCUCCAAGAGCAAAAGAAGAAAAGAGAUUGGGGUCCAAAAUCAUGACAAGUGUCUCCUAGGAGGCGGAGUGGCCAGACGGAGCCAAGGACUGUGCCUGCUGCUGCCAUGAAGGAGGCCCUGACUCCAGGCUGAAGAAGAGCAAGAGAAGAAGCUGCGGCCGCUGUGGCAG